AUGGCACGCGCCCCACAAAACAGCGGGAAUAUCAUUCCUCUCCUCGACCCCGAUCACGAUCCAGGGCAGGUACCGGCCGAGGACACAUCCGCGAAUACUACAAACACGUCUGCCGACAAGAUGAAGGCGGUGCAUUAUGAGGGGCCGUUCAAGGUCUCGGUGAAGGAGAUCGGAAUGCCAAAGAUCGAGCAUCCAGAUGAUGUAAUUGUCAAAGUAACGACUGCAGCCAUUUGCGGUUCGGACCUGCACAUGUACCAGGGCCGCACUGCCGCAGAGUCAGGACUGGUCUUCGGCCACGAGAACAUGGGUGUUGUAAUCGAGACCGGCGCAGGGGUGACGCUGCUCGAGAAGAAUGACAGGGUAGUCAUGCCCUUUAACGUGGCCGAUGGAAGGUGUCAGAACUGCGAAGAGGGCAAGACAGCCUUCUGUACGGGCGUAAAUCCUGGGUUUGCUGGGGGGGCCUAUGGCUACGUAGCUAUGGGACCUUACCAAGGUGGUCAGGCACAGUACAUUCGUGUACCGUUUGCCGACUUUAACGCACUCAAGCUACCAAGAGGCACAGAGCAUGAGGCGGACUUUAUCCUGCUGGCAGACAUAUUCCCUACAGGGUGGCACGGCUUGGUGCUAUCAGGGUUCCAGAGUGGUGAGAGCGUUGCAGUGUUCGGAGCCGGCCCCGUUGGUCUGAUGGCGGCAUACAGUGGCGUCUUGCGAGGCGCAAGUAGGGUGUUUGUCGUCGAUACUGUGCCUGAGCGAUUGAAGGCAGCAGAGAAGAUUGGCUGCAUACCGAUCGAUUUCAGGAAGAGCGACCCUGUUGAGCAGAUCAUUAACGCCAAUGGUGGCAUGGUUGACAGGGCGAUCGAUGCUGUAGGCUAUCAAGCAGUGGACGCCUCUGGAUCCAAAGAGAAGCCGAACAUCGUCCUUGACCAACUAAUCAUGGUUACUCGUCCAACUGGCGGUCUCGGCAUCCCGGGAUUGUAUGUGCCAGCGGAUCCUGGUGCGCCAGAUGAGCAGAGCAAGAAGGGACAGAUUCUCAUCUCGUUCGGAAAGCUCUUCGAAAAGGGACUGUCGCUAGGCACUGGGCAGUGCAACGUCAAAGCUUACAACAGGUAUCUACGUGAUAUGAUCAUCUCAGGCAAGGCAAAGCCAAGCUUCGUUGUGUCGCACGAGAUCGAGAUUGAUAGCGCGCCUGAGGCGUACCAGAAGUUCGACCAGAGGAUCGAUGGGUACACGAAAGUGCUGAUACAUCCCAACGGACCACUAAACUGA